CCAAAAAGAAAGAAAAAAAAACAAAAACAUAAACAAGGAUAGGUGUUCUGUGGAGCCGACUGGAGAGGUGAAACAGACGACACUUGUUGCUGCUCGUCUCGUCAGGUAAACCUCCUGUCUGAGCGCACAGUGGAGGGAGAGAGAGAGAGAGAGAGAGAGAGAGAGAGAGAGAGAGAGAGAGAGAGAGAGAGAGAGAGAGAGAGUCUGGUGCGCACAUGGCACCGAAAACGCGCUCCUCACACUCCUGACAGCCGCGCUUUUAAUAUGGACCCACACACUGGAUAAUGAGGCCUACCUACUGAAUGGGUGCUUGACCUACUUCACACCACACCUUGUCUGUUAAAGUCGGGCAUUUUCUCCUGAAAACUUUUUUUUUUUUUUUUUGAUUCUUCGGGGAACUUGCUGGUGUUGGUGGUUAAAGACGCGCAGAAACAUGCUGGGUUUAAACAGGAUUCUGAGCCUCCGGACGGCCCGGGUUCGGAGCUGUGGUUCGCCGGCAGUCAGACUCUCAUCCCGGUCUCCUUCAUGCCAAAACUCCGGUGCCAGUUCGAGGAUUUACUGUGCGUGUCUGUUGCUGCUGCUGCUGGUGACGCCUCGGGCGGACUCUUCAUGGUGGUACAUCGGUGCGCUGGGGGCCCGGGUUAUCUGCGACAACAUCCCCGGCUUGGUGAACAAGCAGCGGCAACUCUGCCAGCGCCACCCAGACAUCAUGCAGGCCAUCGGCGAGGGCACCAAGGAGUGGAUCAGAGAGUGCCAGCACCAGUUCAGACACCACCGUUGGAACUGCAGCACGCUGGACCGCGACCACACUGUGUUCGGACGUGUCCUACUGCGGAGCAGUCGCGAGGCAGCGUUCGUCUACGCCAUUUCCUCAGCAGGGGUGGUGUACGCACUCACUCGCGCCUGCAGCCAAGGCGAGCUGAAGACGUGUAACUGUGACCCACACAAGCGCGGACGAGCCAGUGAUGACAGAGGAGAGUUCGACUGGGGGGGCUGUAGUGACAAUAUCAACUACGGGAUCAAGUUUGCCAAAGCCUUCAUAGACGCUAAAGAGAGGACUGUCCGAGACGCACGGGCGCUCAUGAACCUUCACAACAACCGCUGCGGAAGAACAGCAGUGAAGCGAUUCAUGAAGCUGGAGUGUAAAUGUCAUGGCGUGAGCGGCUCUUGCACGCUGCGUACAUGUUGGAUGGCCAUGUCGGACUUCAGGAAGACCGGGGACUACCUGCGGAGGAAAUACAACGGGGCCAUCGAGGUGACAAUGAAUCAAGACGGGACGGGCUUUGCUGUGGCUAACAAAGCCUUCAGGAAGGCCACCAAGAACGACCUGGUCUACUUCGAGAACUCACCGGAUUACUGCCUACAAGACAAAUCAGCAGGCUCCCUGGGCACGGCUGGACGGGUUUGCAAUAAGACAUCGCGGGGCACUGACGGCUGUGAGGUCAUGUGCUGUGGGCGGGGCUACGACACAACAAGAGUCAAGCAAAUCACCAAGUGCGAGUGCAAGUUCAAAUGGUGCUGUGCCGUGGAGUGUAAGGACUGUGAGGAAGCCGUGGACAUACAUACGUGCAAAGCCCCAAAACGAGCCGAAUGGUUGGACCAGACCUGAGGACACGCCCCAUCCGCUCCCCUAUAAUGCGACCCCGCCCCCUUUCCCUUUACAGGACAUCCUGUGGAACAUGGCAUUCUGGGAAGGUUUGUCCGAAAGUGCUCUGCGUCUCCGGCCUCCCCUGCCCCCACCCUCGGUUCAUCAUUGCAUGGCUUUUCUACCUGUCUCUGUGAAAGCACUAGAAUUCAAUACCCAUCAAUAUGAAUUAAUACCCAUUAGCCCCUGUUUGUGAAUGGCCCUGUGAAUGAACUGCUGGGAUCAGAUGAUGAACGGUGAACAGUGAACACUUUGGGGUUUCGGUGGAUUGGGCUUUAAUCAAAGAUUUGGUCCAGACUGCCUUUUUUUCUAGCGUGUGGUUCGGGGUUAAAAAUGGUUUGCUGCUUUCAUGAUGCUUUAAAGACACAUUUUUACAUUAACUGAGCCUUCAAACGUAUCAAGUAUUAUUACAACAACAUCAUAUAUUCACAUAAUGUUUUUUUCUUUUUGUUGGGGAAAUACACUUUUAUCUACCAAAAACAAAACACUUGGUUGGACUGUGGGAAGUAGCUUAACGAGUGCACUUUGAGAAGUGGACAUCAGAGUGUUAAGUUUGGCUACGUGCGGCCAAACAGAAGUCCAGGAAGAGGACUACAAGGGAGGAUGGGGAGAUGGACACCAGAUGAAUAAAUGGACGGAUGCAUCAUUGGAACUUUGAAUGCAACUGUAAAAAAAAAAAAAAAAAAAAAAAAAAAAGGAACAAAGAAAGAAAAAGCUGUUUAAAGUGAUUUAUUUAAAUUGUAAAGUGUUGUUUCAUUACUCAUCUGCGGAUGAGACUGCACUACAUUGGCUGACACGAGUAGAGAGAAGAGCACUCCCACUAUUAUGAUUACACAAUGUACUCUCGUUUUCUCUGUGUAAGACGACAAACUACCGCUGACAAGGAGAAGAAGAAGAAAAAAGAAGAAGGCUAUUCAGUCACACACAACCACAACAUCAGACAGAUUUCACUUCUCUGCUCUCCAGCUUGCUUGUAUAACAUUGUGUAUAUUGCCUUAUCUAAACAGAUGUUCUUAUGAAAUAUAUGGUGCAUUAGUAUA